CCCCGCCCCCCCUCUCUCGAAACUCCUCAGAAAAAAGAGGGAAACUCUCUCAAAAAGGAACAAAAAUUAUAAACUGCAAUGGAACACCAUCUACCAGUGAUAGCCAAAAGAGCAUGGGGCAUAGUACGUGUUAUCUUCUUCAUGAUAAGAAAGGGUUUAUCAAAGAGAAAACUCUUGGUUGAUCUCAACAUGAUGCUUAAACGUGGUAACAAGAUUGCAUGCAAAGCCAUAGGUAAUCUCAUGUUCCACCAUCACCACCACAAUGACCAUCGCAAGGUCUCAUUCACAUCCGCACCAUGCGAGUAUGAGUUCAGCUGUAGCAACACUCCCACAUACUCGCUCCCCUUCCAUAUCAGCAAGCGUCGUCACCACCACCAUCACUACAAUAACUUCUUUCCAUGUGCAUUCAACGCACCACCAGCUCACGAUGAUCAUGACAUGGUGACCAUGAGUGCUGUGAAGCUGGCUUUGGAGAUGCUGAACAACAAUGAAGUGGUACUGCCUGUGGAGGCGUCCCCACUGUUGCCAGGGUUUGGAAGGAGUCCAAUGGUGAGGCAGUUGAGGAUAACGGACUCACCGUUUCCAUUGAGAGAUGUUGAUGAUGAUAAUGGUUUUGUGGACAAAAAAGCUGAAGAGUUUAUCGAGAAGUUCUACAAGGAAUUGAGGCAGCAAAGGAGAACGAGUGGCUAAUUAAGAUGCAGGAGCUAUAGUCUUGUUAAUUAUCAUCGUUGUUGUUGAUAUAUAGUUGAUGAUAGAACAAUAAAUGUUUGCCUCAUAAAUGUCCAUUUAAGGUUGUUUUGUUUCUUGUAAUGUUGUUGAUGAAGAAGGUUCGUAUACGGAAUAAGAGCGAUCGAGGUGUAUAUUUCAGGGAAUUAAAUGCUUCCUAGUUAGUAUCUUCCUCUC